GUACCAGCCAAUAGGAAUGUGCUGGGGGUGGGGUAGCUCCUAAAACUUCCCCUCCAGUUUUAAAACAGAAACCCAUGUUUCUACACUGUGUGCGGGGCAAGCUGGGGAGCCUAUCUGGGGCUCCCCGCUGCCUCCGUUAGCCAGAUCUCAUGGCUUAGCAGGCCAGAUGUGGCUCAUGGGCUGUAUUUUGCCCAGGCCUGGACUAGCAGCCGAUUACAGUAACUUGGCUAGGUCUCCCUCAAAUCUCUCAGGCUGGUCUUGGUGGGUAAGUGAUAUAGAAUAACUCUUCACAUGUCAAAUAACAAGACAUAUCAAACAUGAAUAUGUAAAAAGAUAAAUAUAAACAGAUUCUCUUUUUGAUUUAGCCUGGAACUAUAGAGCAGGCCGUAAAUGAGAUUCGUGUUGUUGUGAUGCCCACUGAAGAUGGAGAGGUGCAAAGUGUGUGGUUGCUCACUGAAGUUGACCACUGGAACAAUGAGAAGGAGCGUCUGGUUCUUAUCACUGACUGGUCCCUUCUGAUCUGUAAAUAUGACUUCAUCAGCUUACAGUGCCAGCAGGUUACUAGAAUAUCACUUAAUGCAGUUGACACUAUUUCCGUUGGAGAAUUUGAAUUCCCAUCUAAAUCACUGAAUAAGCGAGAAGGCAUUGGUAUUCGAAUUCAAUGGGAUAAGCAAAGCCGUGCGUCCUUCAUAAACAGAUGGAAUCCAUGGUCCACAAAUGUGCCCUAUGCAACUUUUACGGAACAUCCAAUGGCAAAUGUUGAUGAGAAGAUUGCAUCCCUUUGCCAACUGGAGGAUUUUAAGACUCAAUUAAUCCAAGCUGUGAAGAAAGCCCACAAAGAGUGUCCAUUGCCAGGGAGAGCCAAUGGCGUGCUAGUGCUGGAGCGUCCUCUUCUUAUUGAAACUUACGUGGGAUUGAUGUCUUUCAUCACCAAUGAGGCCAAGCUUGGCUACUCCAUGACAAGAGGCAAAAUUGGAUUUUAAAUUAAUUGUAAUCAAUCUAAUCUAAGGGAUAGUGAUUUGAGAUGAGUAUUGUGGGGAAAGAUUUGGGAGAACUCACCACAAGAUAGAAAACAAAUCAAUUGCAAGGAUAAAAAGGGAUUGGUUAGUUACAGAAAGUGACCAUUUCACAGAACAGUCACUUUACUCUUAUGAAGUCAAUUGAUGGCUAAGUCAGCUAUUAAUUUUAGGGGGUCACAAGGUAGUUGCAUUCUUACAGUACCCUGGAUUUAACUUACUAUAACUAAAUGUAUGCAAGUCUAGUCAUCAAUGAUAUUUCCUCUUACAUUUCUGGAUAAGUGUCUUUCCUUACUAAGUGUGAAUUAUCUGUGACAAAUAUUCUAUAUCAUAUCAAGUAUCGAUACAUAGCAUGUUCAUGCCACGUGGCAACUGAAUUCUUAUGUAAAUGUUGCUAUCAAAUCCUUUCAAGUGCAGUUGAGAUUGACUUUUUUAUUGGCUAAGAAGUUACAGGUUGGAUCUCCAAAAACCAUGAGUCCCUCGUCUAGCAACAUGUUCCUGGACCAGGGAGUCCUGGCUGGGAUCCUCAGUGGCUGAAGGGCUGGCAGCUUAGAGCCACUAGAUCUGGGACCGGAGCCCCUGUAGCAGGGUUCAGCAAAUUCCCUCGUUCAGGACUGGUCAGGUCCUGAGGGUGCCAGACCAGAGAGGUCCAACCUGUACUAAUGUCUAAACUACAGUAAAACAAGGAAUUUAAUUUUCAGUGUCAAGAAUGUUUAAAGACCUGCUAAAAAGGGACAGACAGCUAAUUUGGUCAAAAUGGGAGUGUUAAUCCUAACUAGUGGAAUUGUGCUGUUACAAUUGUAAAUUGAAAUAUUGGUUGACUCAUCACUGGUCUCAAAUUGCUAUCAAAUCUGAAUCUAACUAUGUACAGGUUUAUCUUAUUUAUAGUUUCUCUUUGCAGCUGUCUGAAAUGUUCGGUUAUUCUAUUUCAAGAUAUUUUAAAAAGACAGGUAAAGGAUAUCUUUGCUUUCCUGUGAUAUUUUUAAUGCAACAUGUGAAUGAGCAUUUUAUAACUAGAAGGGAAUUCUACUUUGAGUUGCUUUAUAAUACUUAGCAAAAAUGUAUGUUUGGGGAGGAAGGGGAGGGUUUUCCCAUGGACCAGAAUCGUACCAAAGUAAGGGGAUUUUGUAACCCAUUUGGCUAUUUAGAUUUUGGGGAAAGGGGAAGCUUUAGUCACAGUAUUAUACUUCCAUCUUAUUAACUCUUCCAUUUAAGUUUUUAGAAAAUAAAUGCAGCAGUAUACAAAGGUACUGAACAGAGUUACAGUAUGAGAUUACAAUGACAGAUUUCAUUGUGGAUUAAUCCUUUAUACAAGUUGUCUUAAUCUAAUUUUAUCAGAAGAAUUCUCUGCCCCUCAACCCAGUGAAAUGCUGUGCAGCAGUGGAAAUUUUUUUUUAAACCUUUUAACUUGUGUAUGUGUUCUUUUUGAAUGUGGCUUUGGAAUGCAUCAGGCUGCAUGUUCUUUUCAGUAUGAGCUCUUUUCUCAGAGUCUAGCUUUUGUUAAUCUUUCAGUAAAGAUUAAACUUAA